ACAUGUAUCUAAGUAAACCAAUAAAUUCAACAAACAUCAUAUUUCAAAUAAGAAAUGUCACCUCUGAUGAUGCAGGUAUCUACACAGGCGGUACGUCCAGUUCUAUAGCCGAAAAGGGAAAUAAGAUCCAUGCUAUUGUCUAUGGUAAACCUAGAAAACCAACUAUUACUGGACAAAGUGCUGUAAAUUUGGGCGACUAUGUAACAUUGAAAUGUUCCAGCAACUCAACUUCCACACCAGAGUACUACAAGCUCUUUCCCGCCAUUACUUAUGAGUGGUAUAAGAACAGCAAUUACAUCAAAUCAGGAAAAAUAUUAAGGCUAAUCGUAGACGAAAACUUGUUCUUGGAUGUCAUCACUUGUAAAGCUAAGGAGAAACUCUAUUCGGAUCCAAGUGAUACAAUCCAUAUUGCGAAACCAAAAUGCUCAGAAAAGAACAAAAUAAAUUCAAACUUCAUAAAUGGAACUGUCGUGUUCACAUGGCCAAAGCAGACUGUGCGUGUAGAGGAGUUGAUAUUUGUGACUCUGAGUGGAGAUCGUAUGUUCCCGUGGAAUCAUGUUCAAGAUCAGAAAUAUGUACUGAGAGAUGGAUUAAGACAUUCCUCUGUUGAAGUUGAUGUUAAACUUGUGUUUCAAAUCAGUGGGUAUGAAAUUUGCCGUGGUUUGUUUAGUAACAGACCCGAUAUACUGAUUUCCGAAGAAGGACAAAAUGCAACCCUUCGUUGGACAAUUUCCCAGUUUCCUGCGUCUGGAUUAUACUCAGUUUUUCAUGAUGGUCGUUCGCUUAUAAAAAUAACUGAUUUAGGGGCAACCAGCAUUCAGAGCUCUAAAUACAUCUACAAAAGCAGCCCAGUAAAUUCUCCCGAUAUCAAAUUCAAUAUUAAUAGCUUGGCUGUCACAGACGCCGGAUAUUAUGCUGGUGGGAUAAGUAGUUCCAACGCUCAAAGCACAAAAGGAAUUCUGCUGGUUGUUGCAGGUAAACCGUCCACACCAAUGAUAAAAGCAGAACACGAUGCUGAAUAUGGCAAAACAAUCACUCUGACGUGUCUCUCUUCCUCUUCCUCGGCUCCAGAAUACUACAGAGACCUGCUUAGUUGGUCUUAUACUUGGUACAGAAAUGGAUCACUGAUGCGACAUGGAUCAACAUACACGUUUACUAUCAAUUUAGUCAACAUGUACGAUGAAAUUUCUUGUCGUGCUAAAGAAAUUAUCGAAUCUAAUAGCAGCAACACCUACAAAAUCAGGCUUAAAAACUUUUUCUAUCGAUCUGAGUAG